CUCGCGCGCCCCGCGAGGGUGAAACGCUUUCUCCCGGCAUGCAGCGGGGGGAGGGAUUUAACACCAAGAUGGCGGACAGCCCGGAUGAGUACGAGAAAGAAGCGGGCUGUGUCCCCAUUCUCCAUCCCGAGGAAAUCAAGCCUCAAAGCCAUUAUAACCAUGGAUAUGGUGAACCUCUUGGACGUAAAAGCCACAUUGAUGAUUAUAGCACAUGGGAUAUAGUAAAAGCUACACAAUACGGAAUAUAUGAACGCUGCAGAGAGUUGGUGGAAGCAGGUUAUGAUGUGAGGCAACCAGACAAAGAAAAUGUCACACUUCUCCAUUGGGCUGCCAUAAAUAACAGGAUAGACCUAGUAAAAUAUUACAUAUCGAAAGGUGCUAUUGUGGAUCAACUAGGAGGAGACCUAAAUUCAACUCCACUCCACUGGGCCACAAGACAGGGCCAUUUAUCCAUGGUUGUACAACUUAUGAAAUAUGGUGCAGAUCCUUCAUUAAUUGAUGGAGAAGGAUGUAGCUGCAUUCACCUGGCUGCCCAGUUUGGACAUACUUCUAUUGUUGCUUAUCUGAUAGCAAAAGGACAGGAUGUAGAUAUGAUGGAUCAGAAUGGAAUGACUCCUUUAAUGUGGGCAGCUUACAGGACACAUAGUGUGGAUCCAACUCGAUUGCUUUUAACAUUUAAUGUUUCAGUUAAUCUUGGUGACAAAUAUCACAAAAACACUGCGCUACAUUGGGCGGUACUAGCAGGAAAUACUACCGUCAUUAGUCUUCUUCUGGAUGCUGGAGCUAAUGUUGACGCCCAGAAUAUCAAGGGAGAAUCACCACUUGAUUUGGCAAAACAAAGGAAAAAUGUUUGGAUGAUCAAUCAUUUACAAGAGGCAAGACAGGCAAAAGGGUAUGACAAUCCGUCUUUCCUCAAAAAACUAAAGGCUGAUAAGGAAUUUCGGCAGAAGGUAAUGCUAGGAACUCCUUUCCUAGUUAUAUGGCUGGUUGGGUUUAUAGCAGACCUAGAUAUUGAUUCUUGGCUCAUUAAAGGGCUAAUGUAUGGUGGUGUUUGGGCUAUGGUCCAGUUUCUUUCAAAAUCAUUUUUUGAUCACUCAAUGCACAGUGCAUUGCCACUUGGAAUAUAUUUGGCAACCAAAUUCUGGAUGUAUGUGACAUGGUUCUUCUGGUUUUGGAAUGAUCUCAACUUUUUAUUCAUUCACCUUCCAUUCCUUGCCAAUAGUGUUGCACUUUUCUACAAUUUUGGAAAAUCUUGGAAAUCAGACCCAGGAAUUAUUAAAGCUACAGAAGAGCAGAAGAAAAAGACCAUAGUUGAACUUGCGGAGACAGGAAGUCUGGACCUCAGUAUAUUCUGCAGUACCUGUUUGAUACGGAAGCCAGUGAGGUCCAAACAUUGUGGUGUAUGCAAUCGAUGUAUAGCAAAAUUUGAUCAUCAUUGCCCUUGGGUGGGUAAUUGUGUAGGAGCUGGCAACCAUCGCUACUUCAUGGGCUAUUUGUUCUUCUUGCUCUUUAUGAUCUGCUGGAUGAUUUAUGGUUGUAUUUCUUAUUGGGGCAUCCACUGUGAGACUACUUACACAAAGGAUGGAUUUUGGACAUACAUCACUCAGAUUGCCACAUGUUCACCUUGGAUGUUUUGGAUGUUCCUGAACAGUAUUUUUCACUUUAUGUGGGUAGCCGUAUUACUCAUGUGUCAGAUGUAUCAGAUAUCAUGUUUAGGUAUUACUACAAAUGAAAGGAUGAAUGCCAGAAGAUAUAAGCACUUUAAAGUUACAACAACAUCUAUUGAAAGCCCAUUCAACCAUGGAUGUCUAAGAAACAUUAUAGACUUCUUUGAAUUCCGAUGCUGUGGCCUCUUUCGUCCUGUCAUUGUGGACUGGACUAGACAGUAUACGAUAGAGUACGACCAAAUUUCAGGAUCUGGCUACCAGCUUGUGUAGCAUCCCCUUUAUCCUGUGAGCGAGUCUUCUCUGAAGGACGCCUGGAAAUCGUGUCUGUCUGUUUCUCUCACUCGAAUCCACACCCUUUGAACAAUAGCAUGCUCUGUGUAGGGCUAACCCUGAAUCUUACAGCACCUUCUCUUCGUCCGCUUUAUUAAUAAAAGCAAGCGUGGACAGAGCACUGCCACUGCUGAAGAAGGAGAAGAAAGACCAUCAGUAGGACAGGUCUCGUCUUCAUGUGGGAUUUCACCGUGGCCUCACCUUUUUGGUUUUCAUUCUUGUAAUCCUCUACACAAGAAGUACCACUUGAUAAAAAGUUGGCAUACACUACACAGAUCAGAAAUACUCGAUUCAAGUGAAGUUAAGAUUUGUAGUGAAAUACUGUAUUUGAUGAUGCAGGUUGAUGUUAAGAACAUUGCAUUUAGUUCUAGUGCUGGGGUCUUAAUUCACUUGAAUAUUAUGUACAUUGAAAAAUGUACAUUUGAAGACUGAUGAAAAUCAUGUCAUUGUAUUUGGGAUCCACUGUAAGACUGCUAUUGAAGAAUGAAUGGCACAAGAAAAUAAUGUUCACAAGAAACGUGCUGCAUAUGGUUUAUUCUUAUCAGCUGAUAUAAAGCUGAUCUAUUUAUAGUACAGUGAAAUAAUUGUAAACACUUUUUUCUGAGGUGUGGUCUGAUAAUACCUUGCAUGAAUACAGUAAGUCAGUUUCCUUUGUUUAAGCUUAAAAGCCCUUUUACACAGUGCAUGAUGCGCCUCUGAAUGUGUAUGUUAGAAGAUACGAUCCAAUGAACAGUAAAUUGGAAUUUAAUUUGAUAUGUUGAAUAUCAUAGCAAGUUUUCAAAAUUAUGUUACCUGAACACUAAAAUAGUCCAAAUACAAAAACACACGCAAAAAAAAAAAAA